CUCUGUUGACAACGAAAAUGGCGAAAAGACACCUGUUUUUGGUUUUUCUGGUAUUCGUUUGUGUGUCUGGACUAGACGCGUCACCGGUCAGACGACAUGUUAUGGCCAGACGACAAUUUAGCGGCAAACGACAGGCAUUGUCGUAUGUUGUUGGGCGGGGAUGUAUGUACAUGGCGCAUUACGUCCGUGACAAUUACUACGACUACGCUGUUAAACUACGUCACCAGGCAGUCAGUAGCAAUGUUGCUAUGACAACCACGACUUCCGCGAUACGACCUUCACCUACUACGUUACCCUUAGUUACGACGACUCAUCUGAACUGGGUCAGCUAUGUAUACGAGAUCAUGAGGGCAGACUAUGUACCCAUGGAACUAUUCAGAGGUUUAAUGGACUGUGGCAGGGAGUACGCCCUGUUCGCGGUGGACGCGCCAAUGGACCUUCUGACGUCACUUCACGUGCACUAUGACGCGGUGCCCGGUCUAGUGGGCUGACCUCUGUGAUCAGCGAUAAGACGUUUUAUUUUGCGUGUGUUGACACAUGUACAUUUUCUCAUGUCAGAAUUACAAAAUGAUUGUUCUUUGAAGCGCUAA